CGCAGCUCAAGCCAGCUCGCAAGUCACGGAGAGCGUGCAGCAGAACAGAGCAGAGCUACUUCAGGCAGCUUACAAGGAGAAAGACAACUUGCUAAGAGAUUGCGAUGGCGUCCAUGAUGAUGGGAGGAGACUUGGUGGAGGCGUACGUGCUCAAGAACGCGUACAAGGAGAAACUCCGGCGCAUGGAGGCCGCCGAGGAGACGAAGAAGGGCAAGCUGGGCCCCGUGGCGGAGAAGAAGGUCUCGGGCGGCGGAAGCAGGGGAGGAGGAGGCCUGUUUGGGCUCCUUAAGAAGAAGGUGCACCCAAAAGCGGCGGCCGCGUCUCCCAUGGAGACCACCAGCGCUGAAGAAGCAACCUCUUCUUGAUUCAGCUCUGUGUCCGUCCAACAAAUUCGCACGAGGCCUGCUUUUUUCUUCUUCUCGAUCACACGAGGCCUGCCUGCAAUUACGCAAGUAGAGGAUUUUGUGUAGUCUUCAUUCUUUAAUUCUUCCUUUGUUGACGAUCCGGCGUGUUAAUACUCGCUUGGCCUCAUGUUGUUUUCAUUGGUUACUCGGUGUAAUUGUAAAUUAUAUUACGUGAAA